AUGUGCCUGGGUUUGUCCGCCAUACUUCGAAGUCUUGAUUACAACAAGUACUUGAAGGUGCUGUUUUCGUAUUUGGACCCAGUCCUUAUCAAUAAAGAGCGUAGCAGGUUUGUGAGGUGUUGGCACGCAAAGACUGACGGUUGGGCAGCAUCGACAUUCCACAGUAACUGCAAUGGGAGGGGACCCACAGUGACUAUCAUCAAAGUUAACAGUUAUAUCUUUGGUGGAUACACUGACGUGUCCUGGACCAGCAGUCCCUGUGCUUAUUCUUCAGCCAGCAAAGCUUUUGUUUUCUCUCUUUACAACGUCAAAGGAUACAAUCCUGUGAAGCUGUCACAAUAUCAAAAUAAGAAAAACGCGAUGUACAGAUGUUCCUCUCACGGACCCACUUUUGGCUCGAGACAUGAUAUCUACAUAUCAAAUGCCGCAAAAAACAAUCAAUCAUCUUAUACCAGAUGCGGUGGCACGUACUCCAACCCCACGGGCCAUUCAGCUGGAGAUUGUAAAUUUUUCACAGGAACAUCAAAUUUCGCUCCAUCUGACAUUGAAGUUUUCUUCGAAAUAAUAAACUAAACACUAAAAACUAUGCUGUCUAAGUAAGUAUCGAGUUAGUAUUGUAACAAUAGAGUUAAUAGAGUUAGUGCCUCCUCACACAAGGUCUGGUUAAAAAAACAGUAUGUAGUUUUAAGGGGGGUUAGAGGUGGAUAGAGACAUAAAAAGUCGGUUCCAGUCUCUAAGACAGUAAAGACAUGCGAAAGGGCAAGCAAACCCAAACGGCGGUUGUGGUUCUCAGGAAAACAGCUGAGCGCCUACGCACUGAGAGAUAAGGAGAUUUGAGAUUUGCGUUUAGCCUUACCUAGCCCCGAUAUUUAACACAUGUUAAACUUACCAUGGAAAAAUACUUCAGUUUGUAUAGAAACACUUUGUCGGACGGUUGAUUCUUUUGACAGAGAUGUGAUUAUGUCAUCCAGGAAGGAAGCCUUUUAACAAGGCCUCUGAAUGAAAUUUCGACCUCACUUGUUCUUGAUUUAUCAAGCACGUCUGAACCUUAGGUCGAUAUCGAGUUAUACAAAGAAUUGGUCAAAUAUGAUUUAAAAAUUAUUUGAACAUCAAGUUUAUAUCUGAUCAAAACUGUGGCUGUCAGAAAUCAACUGUAAUCCUUUGAAUGUAAAUAAAACUAAGUUCACCACUCG